GCGAGUCCGCUGCGCAUCGCGAUGUAAGCCACUCCGCCGCGAGCGGCCGCGUAUAUCAUGGAACGACGGGGUCGAUCGAAAGGGCGAAACUUGUGGGGUGCAGGGGAAGGGAGAGAAGGGUUGGAGAGAAGAGAGAGUAGUGGCGGAAGCGUGGAUCACGGUGGUGGUCGGCAUCCAUUGCCAGCGGAGCCACCUGGUUGCGGAUCCACGACGAGAAGGGGAUACAAGGGGGUUUGCGCGAGAGGGGUGUUUAAGGAGAAAUCGCGUAUUGACGCGUCUGCGUGGUCACGUCGGCGCCGUAAAGGGUGCAUCGUGGAGAAGGAGGGGAAGGGGGGCGAGAGACCCCGGUGGUGACACGGAAGGUGGUGGAAAUUCCGAGCGGGGGAAAGAGGGAGAGGGAGAAGAAGAAGAGAGAGAGAGAGAGAGAGAGAGAGAUGUACGCGCUCUGAAAAGCUCUCUCGGGCCAGCUUCGAUCGCUCAAUAUAUUCCAACCCCUCGCCGGACGGGAGCGCCCGAGAGCAGCGCGACUCCUCCAGAGACGGGGGGCACAGAGAGACGACGAAUCGACCAUUCCUUCCUUUGCGCCCUCGCCCGCGGAGCUGUUCGAUCGCGGCCGUGUUUGAGCGUCGUUCCGGAGGAGCGCCGGAGGAAGGAAGUCUCCUCAGCCUACGAGAGGGAUCAGGACGCGCGCGGCGAGCUGACAGUUGGCGUUUCGGCUCUCGUUCGUCUCUUAACAAGAAUUCAUUCCGCCCUUUUUCUCCUUACCUAUAUCGCACUCACCCUUUCCCUAUUUUAUCUCGCGCGCGUUUAUCCAUCGGGAAUUCGUCCUCGUAUAAAGCGAGAUGGAGGGCAAGAAUAAGGUCGAGCAGUAUUACAUGCCGCCGCCGAAGCUCGGAAAAUGGGAGGGUUUCCGGGUCUUCGUCUGGAACUCCGAGACGGGACAAUUCCUGGGGCGUACUGGCGCCAGUUGGGCUAAAAUUCUGCUGUUCUACGUAAUUUUCUAUGCCGUCCUGUCCGGCUUUUUCGGCGCGAUGCUGGCUGUGUUCUAUCAAACUCUGGACCCUAACGCGCCCAAGUGGCAGCUGGACAACUCACUGAUCGGCAGCAACCCUGGUCUCGGUUUUAGGCCUAUGCCUCCUGAAAGCAACGUCGAAAGUACAUUGAUCUGGUACAAGGCCAGCGAUGAGGGUAAUUGGCUUCACUGGACCAGGGCGCUGGACGAUUUUUUGGAUGAAUAUCAGAAAAAGCCCAGCGACUCAAAGGUACACAUCGAGAGAGUGCACUGCGAUUAUAAUAGACCAGCACCACCAGGUAAAGUUUGCGACGUAGAUAUGACUGAUUGGGGACAGUGCACGAAGACAAAGUACUAUGGCUUCGAUAAAUCCGCGCCUUGCAUUUUCUUGAAACUGAAUAAGAUUUUCGGAUGGGUGCCGCAAUAUUAUAACGAUACAAAAAAUUUACCGGAUACAAUGCCUGCGGAUCUUCAGGAUCAUAUCAAACAAGAAGAAAUGAACGGUGUCAGUAGAUUGGACACUGUCUGGGUAUCCUGUUCUGGUGAAAACCCGGCCGAUGUGGAGAACAUGGGAGCGAUUCAAUAUAUUCCGCGCCGCGGUUUUCCCGGUUACUAUUUCCCAUUCAGAAAUACCCCGGGAUACCUCAGCCCCCUUGUAGCUGUGUUCUUCGAAAGACCCAAGUACGGUGUGCUCAUCAAUAUCGAGUGCAAGGCAUGGGCGCACAAUAUCCACCACGACAGAUUCGAGAGACGUGGCUCGGUGCACUUCGAACUGAUGGUGGAUUAAGCCCGGUCACUUCGGCCAAUCGUCAGAUCACCAUCACCACCAACCGCGUCCAAAAAGUAGGAAGCCGCAAGAGAGUAGAACAGAGAAGACGUUUCCUUUUUUUCUUAACCCGCCCUCGUUGGCCGACCGCGAUCACACCCCGUGUACCAUCCGGUUUUCUCUCUGCCGACGAUACCGCCCCGGAUCAGCCUUACUUCUUCUUCAUCCGCCAUUGUUUUUUCAUCAGCUCAUCGUUUGUUCGUCAUAUAUAUUUACAACGAUCGCGACAGCGCUGUCGAUCCGUCAUGUCAAUCGCUAAGCGAGGGAGGGAGAGACGGAGAAGAGAGAAGGGAAAAGAGCGAGAAGGAGACAAAAAAAAAGACAAGAGAGAGGGAAAAAAAUUGCAUCCAUGAGAAAAUAAACUCGACAUCGAUCGAGGUGCACAAAAAAAAAAAAAAGAAAUCGAAUCGGGAAGAAAGAAAGGUGAAACGAACAAUCCCGCACAAACGCCGGGCGGUAUCUUGUCUUAUUUCUGCCAGGGUUGUGUCAUCGAGGAGUGAUCUCGACCAUCGACGGGCUAAGUCGAUCGUUCGCAAUACUCGAUCCUCACGCGCGCGCGAGAGAGAUUCUCUCCCUUAGUUCAGAAAAAAAAAGAAUCCCCGAGACCGUUUUUGAUUAGAUCUUUUAAACUUUUUCCGUCACACACCUACGUUCCUUUUCACGAUGACGAGCUUGGCCGAUGACUUCUCACGGCACUGCGAAUGAUCGAUGAUGAUUCUAGUUCUUAGCCAAUGUAGCAUGUAUCAUAGAUUAGUGUUUUCUGCCCGUCACGCGCUACUAUACAUCUUGAUAUAUCGAUACGUUAAAAUUCUUGGGCUGUUUAACGAGAGAGGAAUGGUACUCGCGGUGAAUUCUAAGACGGCAGGCACAAAAGGGUACAAGUACAGGCUCAACUGGACAAAUUAUCAUCGAGAAAUAUAAACGAUAAGCAUAGCACGUUAUUAAAGAUUUUGAGCGGUAUUGACAAGAGAUUUGGUCCCCCCCCCCAAAAAAAAAAAAAUUAGUCACAAAUGACACGAGACUGUCAACCGUCAAUGUCUAUCGCAAUAUUGAAUGAGAUUACAAAUUAUGUGCAAAGUCACCCUGUGCGAAAUUUUCCCAUCGGUAUUGAUAAUAACGUUAUUGAUAAUAAGCAAAAUACUUUAAAUACUUAAAAACUACUUAAAAAUGUAAAAAAUUCUUUAGGAAGCUUUUUGUUUCUGUUGAGAUAUCAUCGAAACGCGGUAAAGUACUUAGUUGAAACUACUUUAGUUUGAAGCUAACGCCAUUUUGGCGCGAAGAAAAAUCAUCUUUAUUUUGAUAAAAUUUUGAACAAUAUAACCCAGUUGCUUUUUUGACACGUCACGUUUAUAGCGUAGCGCAGGUCGCACGGUGAUCAGAAUUUUAUUUCUAUCACUUGAACGUAAAAGCUAUCGUAUGCGAUAUGCGUGUUGCGUUAUGUUUGUGCGUUGUAUGUUAACGAUUGUUACCUGUAUUCCUUUGUUUUGGAUACUUUCAAUUAAGCGUUAAAAAAUUAAGAGAGUUAUUAUAUUGAAAUCUUUGCUAAGAAGAGUACGAUGAAAGAGUAUACAAAGAAAUGGAUAUUAAGAGUUUUCAAUCAAUAAUAUGUUGAAUGUGUAUGAUGAUCUAUGAUUCUAUAUGAUAUGCAUUUUUCAUCUGAUAUUGCAAUUUAUAGAGAGACACAUUAGAUUCGCAGAAUUUGUUGCGUCCAUCGAUUUUUGAGAUCAUAAACACUCGGAUUUACAAACUCUUGGAUUAGCGUCUUUUGAACUGUUGAAUUAUUAGAGGAAUAUAUCUUACUGUGUCUUUAAAUAAUAUUGUGAAAAUAUGUUAUGGACGUAUGCAUGAAAUCAAUUAAUAAACAAAUUAAUUAAUAAGCUCUAUAUUCAACAAGAAUUUAUGUAAAAUUUGUCUAAAAUUUUUGCGGUUUUAUAUUGUUUUAAUGAAUAUAAAUAUAGCAUUUUAAUAAAUUUAUUAAUCUUAAUCUAUCAGUCCAAAAGGAUGAGUCUGUGAAUUGAAAAAAUUUGGAAAGGAAUUAUAAACUCAAGAAUCUUUAUAAUUUCUAAAACAUUUUUAUUCUAUUAAAAUAUACGAUUAAAAUUGUAAAAUUUAUAUUAAUAGUUUUAAUAUCCAUUGAAAAGAUUUUGCAUUUCAAUAUUUGGCAAAGUUUAAGAGAUCUAUUAAUUAAAAGAUGAGAUGUGACAUUAUGAGACAAAAAGUCGAAGAAUUUGUCGAUCCGAGUUUGUCCGUGAAAAUAUACAAACAUGUGUAAAAUAAAAAUGCGUUGAGAUGUGCAUGAAAUAUAGAAACGCGGAUCGUGAUAUAUGAACUUAAAGAAUUUAUAAAUUCAAAGAUUUAUGUGAUAUCAACGAUCUGUAUAUCUAAGACUCUAUAAGCCCGAGAAUCUUCUUAUCUGAGGAUGCACGAGGAUAAGAAUCUAUACACACUCAGGAAUCUAUAUAAAUUGACAGCGAGAAAAAAAUCAACAAGAAGAAAAAAAUAAAGAGCUAUACAGAUCCCAAGAUCUGCGCGCGUCGCGCAUCUAAGAGUCCAAAUUUUAAAAUUUACCGAAAUGUCAAAAAAUAAUCUGUAAGUCCAAGGAUCUAUUGAUUUCGUGCUGAUUUUCACAUUCAAUUUGCAAUUUUGAGAAAUAUUUUCACGAUCAACCAUGUGAGAAGAAGUAUGAAUUAUUGCGGCACCAUCAGCUCCGCAUUGACAAGAUACAUCACGAUAGCGGAAGCUCCGACACGCAUCUAGUACACUUACUACGAACAAAGUUCCGAGAAGAAGAACUGCUAUAUAAUUACUGAGAAAGAAUUAAAGAUCUCUAGACUUAAAGGAAGUUUCAAAAGAAGAGAGCGCACUCGCGCGAUCAGUAAUUACUACGUUUUUAAGGUAGGUUAAUAGUAUGAAAGAUGCAUAUUGAUCGAAUACUAAUAAUGUAAAGAUGUUAUACUAAUGAUACACGUAUAUAUCGAUAGCUAAAGUAUUAAAAUUGUUGACGCAUUAAUAGUAAUACUGAUCGUGUGGUAGCCCUCCCGUAAGUACUUAAAUCCAAUUUAAAAGCGAUAUUGAUUGUUGGUACGUACUUAAGUCAAAGGCUCCAUCGAUCUUAAAUCAAACUGUCGAUAAUCAGUCUCGAUUUAUUAGAUUGCGCAAGAUUUAUGUUGAAGCUUCGGAAGAGGAUUUUAUCCGUCAUACGACGCGAUAUGGAAUAUAUGAAACGCAUAUUUAUAUAAUAUAAUUACAUUGUACCAUAUAAUUAUGUAUAAUAUUAUUUCAUCGUCGAAAGUCGUCAAGUUCCUUCGCCAGGAAGAGGAAUCGAAAGAAUCUGUUUUUUUCCUGUAUCGAGGCGAUGUUACUGUCUAAUACACGAAAGGAAGAGAGAGAUUCUAGAGAGAUAAACGUGAACGGAAUAUUGUAUUGCAUCGUUUGAAUAAGGAUACUCUUUCUCCGAUGGAGCUUGCGACUGAAGAGACGGUGUAUCGAAUCUUGUGUAAUUUAUUAAUUCUUUUAUGUAGUCUUAUUAGGUUACUUACUGUGCGAAUAAUAUGUAUUACAGUAGAUAUAAGCAUCGGUUACGUAAAAAUAUAGAUCUUAAAAUCUGUAAAUCUAUUAAUCCCGUAGAUUCACUGGUCAUUAGUUUCUUAGACCUAUGCCUCUACAAAUGUGUAGCAUCGCAGCUUGAAAGGUAAAUAGAUCCAUGGAUCCUACAGAGGUUCACAGAGAUCCAUCGAUCCACGAAAAAAUGCACAAGUUCAUAAACAAAAAAAAAUUCACUUAUAUUGAAUAAUCCACAAAUUUAUAUAAAAGUUCAUCGAUUAAUUUAUAAUUUCUUGAACCUGAAUAUUAUUUCUAAAUUCUUUGAUUAAUAUCUUUACGAUAUAAGCGCCUGUUCGUUUAAGUCGAGAGUUAGAUUAACCGUGUGUAUCUUCAGAUAUAAAACAUCAAACAUUUAUGCAAAUAACACAGGCAUCUAAAAAGUACCUAUAAGACGUUCUUCUUUAAGGCAUCUUUAAGAUUAUCAGAAUUUUCUGAAGGUGUCUUUAAGGCUUUCCGAAAAAGAAUAUCUCAUUUUAUAGCACUUAGUUAUAUGUGAUCUUUUUUUUCGCGCAGAUUAUGCAAAAGAAUAAAGAUGUUACUAUAGGCAUUAUAAUAAUUAUUGUAAUAACUUAUAUUAAUUUUUAUGCAUAUCGCGUGCCUAAAGUUUGGUGAAGCUAAAGCUUUAGAAAGAAUUAUAAUUAGAUCGCGGCCUGUUCAAUUCUUAAUGAGACCACCGGAUGACAUUGUUUUUCUCCCUUCCGUUACUCUCAACUUUUCCUUCUGUAAAAAUCCGUUCGUGAUUUUGCCGACUGUCACUGUGAUCUCUGAAUAAAUCAGAUGGACACAUCCGUGAUCUAAUUAUAAUUUGCAAUCGGUUGGCAGUAAUAGGGAAUAAUAAAUAAAAUGGAGACGCCUA